GAUCCUUUCUCCAGACUUCAAACCGCACACCAUCGCAUUCCCUGCACCCUGCCAACAGAUACCACCCGCCCACAGACACCGCAUCAUGCUUAAGUUCGCUAUCGCCGUAGUGGCCCUGUCCGGGUUGACCUUGGCCCAGGAAGCCAGCGCCCCCGUCGACAACUGCAAGGGCGGCUGCUCCUUCUUCUGUAGCGUGACGGCCUCUGCCUGCGUGGACCUGCCUCCCUUCGUGGACUGUGCCGCCAACAAACAGGCGUGCGCCGGCCUGUGCAACUCGGUGUGCUCCUGCUUCACCGGCUGUACCGACAAGUGCAACAACGCGGCCCUCGUCUGCAAGUCGGCCCAGGCCAGCAAGAACGCGCUGGAGGGCGUGCUGUGCAAGGCCCAGGUCUCUGUCUGUAGUUCCACCUGCCCCCUGGUGUGUGCCACUCAAGUCUUGACCAAUGAUGUCCCCAACUUCGUCAUCCAGACGGCGGGAGGUCUGGCCCAGGCUCUGGGACUCGGACAAUCCAAGCAGCAACCCAAGCAGCCAUAGAGAACUGACCCAUGUGACGUCACAAUAAACGGAACUUGGCAACCGGGAACACA